GCUCAAUCAUUAGUUCAAGAGAUUGAGGAAAUAUACUACAAGCUCUCGAAGAUGACAUCUCUCCAUCCUGUGGCACCUGUAAAUGAUCUCUUUACGCGGCUUGUUCAUAUAGCUACAUUUACAUACAAUCCCUCGAUCGUAAAUUUAAUCCUUUUAUGCCCAAUAAUCGAACGUCUCUUAAAUCCUUUGAGAAUACUAUGCUCCACGGCCGAGUAUCACUUGGAGAUGCAAUGGUCUAAAGAGCUUGGGCUGUACCAGGCAAAUGAGACAGUGACUCCUGAAAUGAUCUUGUCUCGUUUCAUUUAUUAUGAUAACUAUGAUGCCUUGACUUGUCUGGAACUCGGUGCUCUUCAUGGCGUGGGCGGAAUUAUGGCUCAUAUUGUAUUUGUUGGUAGUGGACCUCUUCCACUUUCGUCUAUUCUUAUGGCUCGCAAAUCUCAUAAUAUCCGACGCAUUGAUAAUAUUGACAUGAGUCAUUCUGCGACUACGGCCGCUACGGAACUCACGAAUAAACUUGGGAUGCAAGAUCGUCUGAAACAUUACACAAUUGAGGCAAAGGACUACGACGGCUAUGAGAAGGCAGACGUGAUUAUACUGGCUGCAUUGGUUGGAGAAUCCCACGAAGACAAAAUGGAGUUCCUAAAGUUUAUCUCAAAACAAAUGAAACCUGGUGCCUUGAUAUUAACGCGAAGUGCCCAUUCCUUGCGUAAGCUCCUUUAUGUUCCAAUUGAGCCAUUCCAUGUAAACUCUUGUGGCCUUCAGACAUUGGUUGUGUCGCAUCCUCAAAAUGAAAUAGUCAACUCGAUCUUGAUUGCAAGA